ACGAAACAUUCCACAUUUUUAAAAAUCAUUAAUAGAUUCCGUUUCGUUUUAUAUUGUGACUUUCAAAAUUUCGACAAAAUGGCUGAACAAGUAAGGUCAGAAGAUGUUCUUGGACAAAAAUGGGAUCGCUGCAUCUCGGAUUCGGCAAUAAAAACUGCAAGUGGUCUUGGUUUAGGAAUCGUCUUUUCAGUUGUAUUCUUUAAAAGGAGACCAUGGCCAGUAGCUUUCGGAGCAGGUAUAGGUUUAGGUAUGGCGUAUGCUAAUUGUCAACAUGAUUUCCAGAAUCCAUUUUUAUUACAUGGAAAAAAAGUAAAGGUUGAUAAACAAUCCGACAAUAAAGGGAGCUAACCAAGUUGUGACUAUAUUUAAACAGUGCUAUACAUGUAUAUAAUAAACUGUGAUGUGUGAUAAAAGCUGAUAGAAUGAUGAGAGUGACUAGAGACAUACAAACAAUAAUUUCUAUAUUAAUGCUAUUAGGAGCAAUCUCUUUUUUAUUAUUGGCAACCAGUGGCAUAUGCAGGACAAAGUUAUUAAAUAAAUUGAUAUUAAAGGAAUGAUAUAGGGGGGUGGAGGCAUGCAAUAUUAUUUUGAUUUAUUAUCUGGUACUAUUUAAUGAUUUAAAGGUGGUAGGAGGUCAAGGCCAAAUGAUUUCCCUGCUAAAUAAGCCACUGUUGGUAUUAAGAGAAGGAACACAGACAAAAUCAGGAAAUCAUUUUAGGUAGGGGUCAGAGUCAGACCGUCUUAUAUUUAAUAGAUGCGAGUGGUAAAUGGGCAUAGUAAUUAGUCAGUAAUGUCACUGGACAGAUAAUUUAUAAGUGGAAAAAUAUGUGUCACUCCCAGGUUUAUUUUUGAAUAACUUUUUAUUUCAUGGUUCAUUAUUCCAUGCUACUAUUCAUCAGUAUAUUGAUUGCAAUUUAUUGUGAAAUUUAUAAACUUACGAAAUAGACUGUAAAAGAAAUUAGCUACAAUGACAAUAUUUAGGUUUAUUUUCAAAGAAAUAAAUUAUUAUAUGAUAAACAC